UUCACACCCCCUUUUCCUUUUUGCCACCCACUACACUACCCACUUCCCCGCAUCCUCUUUCUUUCUCUGUUCAACUCAAAUAAAAUCAAAUGUUAUCUAAGCUCUAGUUCACUUACAUUCACUUCCAGUUUCACCCUCUUUCUAGGUCUCUACACUUUCUUUCUAGUUCGUAAUAAUGGAGGUGUCGUCGGAGCAAUCCGGCGAAGGCGUGACGCUGGAAAAGCUUCAGAGUUCUCUGAAGAAGAACGUUCCAGAAGCUUCCCGAAGAGCUGCAAAAACGGUUGCGGAACCUGGCGGUUCGGUUUCUGCGAAGAGGAGAGUCGAACCGCGAACCGGUUCGGUCACGGCUGCGACGAAGAGAUCGGGUUCAAUCGGAGGUUCUUCGAGUGUGGUUACUGCGCCGAGAAGGAACAGCACCGGGGGAUUGUCUCAGAAAGCGUCGAUCUCCGAUGGAAGAAGAAAAACCGGCACCGAAUCUGCCGCCGGAGCUAGGAGCGGCGCUUCGUCGGUGGGCGAGCUUGUGCGGAGUUCACUACCGGAGCUCCGGCUAAUUUCGGUGAAUUCUUCGCGAGUUGCGGUGAAGCCGGCUGUGGCCUCGCUGGCGGGUUCGGCUUCGAGGACUUCCGGUGCGAGUAAGGCAGAGGUGGCGAAGAAGCCGGUGACAGUGAGUAAGCCGGCAUUGUCGGCUUCGAGUUCGGCUUCAUCUGUUUCAAGAAGGAUUGGUUCUUCGUCGGUGGAUAGCACUGCCAGCAGCGGCGGUUCUGCUCGGAGGACGGUUUCGAGGGUUUCGUCGCCAACGGUUUCGAGCGGGUUGAAGGCGGGGUCUCUGUCGACGUCGCAGGAUAGGACGUCGUCGUCCCUUUCCGGAAGGAGGAAGGGAGGCACUGCUGAUAGCAGGGAUUCGCGGUUUAUUGUUCUUCCGCAGGUUGAGAUUAAGGCCAAUGAUGAUUUGAGACUGGAUCUUAGGGGACACAGAGUUCGUAGUCUCAAUGCCAGUGGAUUAAACUUAUCCUCAAACCUAGAGUUCGUUUAUCUCCGAGACAAUCUCUUGUCUACACUGGAAGGAGUAGAAGUAUUGACGAGAGUGAAGGUUCUUGAUUUGAGUUUUAAUGAUUUUAAGGGACCUGGAUUUGAGCCUCUUGAGAAUUGCAAAGUAAUGCAGCAACUCUAUCUUGCUGGAAAUCAAAUCACAUCUUUGGCAAGUCUCCCGCAACUUCCUAAUUUGGAGUUCCUGUCAGUAGCUCAGAAUAAGUUGAAGUCUCUCACUAUGGCUAGCCAACCUCGACUCCAGGUCUUAGCUGCCAGCAAAAACAAAAUUUCUACUCUUAAGGGUUUCCCAUAUUUACCGGUUCUUGAGCAUUUGCGAGUGGAGGAGAAUCCUAUACUUAAGAUGCCUCAUUUGGAAGCUUCCUCAAUAUUGCUAGUUGGACCUACUUUGAAAAAAUUCAAUGAUAGAGAUCUCUCUCGUGAGGAAGUGGCACUAGCAAAUCGUUAUCCUGCACAUACAGCUUUGUGCAUUAGAGAUGGUUGGGAGUUUAGUCGCCCUGAGCAAGCUGCAGAGUCAACUUUCUGCUUUUUAGUUGAGAAGUGGAAGGACCAUAUUCCUCUGGGGUUUUUUCUCAAAGAAGCAUCCAUAGAUAAACCUGUGGAAGAAGAUAUGUGUCGUUGUCAUUUCACAAUUAUUCAUGAUGGUGCAGCUAGUACAGACCCACCAUUAUUUUUAAAAUAUCAAUGGUUUUGUGGUGAUAUAUCACUUUCAAAUUUUAUCCCUAUUCCAGAUGCUACUGAUGAGGUUUACUGGCCAAAGCAUAAUGACAUUGGAAAAGUUCUGAAAGUGGAAUGCUCUCUUACUUUAGGAGAAAUGGUGUAUCCUCCUAUAUUUGCCAUCUCUUCUCGUAUUUCACGAGGGAAUGGAAUUCCGAAGGUUGUAAAUCUAGAAGUGCAUGGGGAGCUGGUAGAAGGAAGUAUCAUUAGGGGUUGUGCUAAGGUUGCAUGGUGUGGUGGAAUUCCAGGAAAAGGUGUUGCUAGUUGGUUACGGAGGAAGUGGAACAGCAGUCCUGUGGUCAUUGUUGGGGCAGAAGAUGAGGUGUAUCAGUUAACCAUUGAUGAUGUUGAUUCAAGUGUAGUUUUCAUGUACACACCAGUAACCGAAGAAGGGGCCAAAGGAGAACCUCAAUACAAAUAUACAGAUUUUGUAAAAGCUGCUCCUCCUUCUGUCAGUAAUGUGAAAAUACUUGGAGAUGCUGUUGAGGGAAGUACCAUCAAAGGAGUUGGUGAUUAUUUUGGUGGAAGGGAAGGUCCUAGCAAGUUUGAAUGGUUGCGGGAGAAUGGGGAUUCUGGAGGCUUUUUGUUAGUGUCAGCGGGUACAUCUGAGUAUACCUUGACCAAAGAAGAUGUUGGUUGUUGUUUAGCUUUUGUGUACAUACCCAUUAAUUUUGAAGGUCAGGAAGGAAAAUCUAUGUCAGCAAUGUCUCCUGUUGUGAAACAAGCACCCCCAAAAGUAACAAAUAUCAAAAUAGUUGGUGAUCUACGAGAGAAUAGCAAGAUCACUGCAACUGGUAUUGUCACUGGAGGAACCGAAGGAUCUAGCCGAGUUCAGUGGUAUAAAACAUGCUCGUCAACUUUGGAAGAAAACAGUCUUGAAGCAUUAAGUACUUCCAAAAUUGCUAAAGCAUUCCGCAUACCUCUUGGAGCUGUUGGCUAUUACAUUGUGGCAAAAUUUACGCCCAUGACUCCUGAUGGUGAUUCUGGUGAACCAGCAUUUGUAAUAUCUGAUAAAGCAGUUGAGACUCUUCCUCCAAGCUUGAAUUUUUUAUCUAUCAUUGGAGAAUACAGUGAAGAUCAAAUAUUGACAGCUUCAUAUGGAUAUGUUGGAGGUCAUGAAGGAAAGAGUGUAUACAGUUGGUAUAUUCACGAGGUUGAAGGUGAUUCGGGUUCUUUGAUACCGGGGGUCUCAGGGCUGCAGUAUCGCAUUACCAAAGAAGCCAUUGGAAAAUUCAUUUCAUUCCAGUGUACUCCAGUACGUGAUGACGGUGUUGUAGGUGACCUAAGAAUUCUCAUGGGCCAGGAGCGCGUUCGCCCUGGAAGCCCAAGAUUGCUUUCUUUACACAUAGUAGGAAAUGCUGUUGAAGGAACGAUUCUAAGAAUUGAAAAGAAGUAUUGGGGUGGUGAAGAGGGAGAUUCAGUUUACCGCUGGCUUAGGACCAGUUCUGAUGGCACAAAAAAGGAAAUUGUGGGUGCCACCACUGCAUCGUAUAUGCCCUCAAUUGAUGACAUUGGCUCCUUUAUUUCUGUUUCAUGCGAGCCUGUCCGAAGCGAUUGGGCUCGUGGACCCAUGGUUUUGUCUGAAAAAAUUGGGCCUAUAAUACCUGGUUCCCCAACUUGUCAUUCUCUCGAAUUCCUUGGAUCAAUGAUAGAAGGGCAGCGCUUGAACUUUAAUGCUGUGUAUACUGGAGGGGAGCAAGGAGAUUGUACCCAUGAGUGGUUUAGGAUAAAAGACAAUGGUUUACAAGACAAAAUAAGUAGCAAUGCAGAUUUUUUGGACUUGACUCUCGAGGAUGUUGGUGUGUGCAUUGAAAUAAUCUAUACUCCUGUGCGCAAAGAUGGAAUCAGAGGAAGCCCGAAGAGCAUAGUGUCUGAUCUGAUUUCUCCUGCGGAUCCUAAGGGAAUGGAACUUGUAAUUCCUGACUGUUGUGAAGACAGAGAGCUUAUACCAUUGAGAAAAUAUUUUGGUGGACAUGAAGGGGUUGGAGAGUAUAUUUGGUAUCAGACAAAGCAUAAACUUGAAGGAUCUGAACUACUAGAUAUAUCUAAUGCUUCUGAUGUUGUAAUAUGUGGGACGGAGCUAACAUAUAAACCAUUACUUAAAGAUGUUGGAGAUUAUUUGGCUCUGUAUUGGGUGCCUACUCGUGCAGAUGGAAAAUGUGGGGAGCCAUUGAUUGCAAUCUGCAGUACCCCAGUUUCCCCUGCUCCUCCAGUAGUUUCUAAUGUAUGCGUGAAAGAGUUGUCGUCGGGAAUUUAUUCUGGAGAAGGUGAAUAUUUUGGUGGACAUGAAGGAGAAAGUCUCUUUAGCUGGUAUAGAGAAAAUAAUGAAGGAACCAUUGAACUGAUUAUUGGGGGAAAUUCUAAAAUCUAUGAAGUUACUGAUUCAGAUUACAAUUGUCAUUUGUUGUUUGGAUAUACACCUGUUCGUUCAGAUUCAGUUGUGGGAGAACUUGUCUUAUCUGAUCCAACUAACAUUGUUCUCCCAGAGCUUCCAUAUGUGGAGAUGCUUGCUCUGACUGGAAACACAGUUGAAGGUGACAUACUUACAGCUGUUGAAGUGAUUCCAAAUAGUGAGACUCAACAUGUUUGGAGCAAGUACAAGAAAGAUAUAAGAUACCAAUGGUUUUGUUCUUCAGAAGUGGCAGACAAUCUUUCAUAUGAUCCAUUACCUAAUCAGAGUUCUUGCUCCUAUAAGGUGCAGCUAGAGGAUAUUGGUCAUCAUUUGAAAUGCGAGUGUAUUGUUACUGAUGUGUUUGGAAGGUCAGGUGAGGCGGUAUGCAUUGAGACAACACCUAUAUUGCCAGGGAUUCCUAGAAUACACAAGCUGGAGAUUGAGGGAAUGGGAUUUCAUACCAAUCUCUAUGCUGUUCGUGGCAUUUACAGUGGUGGGAAGGAAGGCAAAAGUAGAGUUCAAUGGCUUAGAUCAAUGGUUGGAAGUCCUGACCUUAUCUCUAUACCAGGAGAAACUGGCAGAAUGUAUGAAGCGAAUGUUGAUGAUGUUGGCUAUAGGCUGGUGGCCAUCUAUACUCCUGUAAGAGAGGAUGGAGUAGAAGGGCAAUCAAUUUCGGUAUCAACAGAGCCAAUUGCAGUUGAGCCUGAUGUUCUUAAAGAAGUAAAGCAGAACCUUGAACUUGGAUCAGUGAAGUUUGAGGUAUUGUGUGACAAAGACCAAACCUCAAAAAAGAUUUCAUCAGUGGGAACAUACGAGAGACGUAUCCUUGAAAUUAACAGGAAAAGAGUCAAGGUGGUAAAGCCUGCCACUAAGACUUCUUUUCCAACUACAGAAAUUCGUGGUAGUUAUGCCCCUCCCUUUCAUGUGGAGCUUUUCAGGAAUGAUCAACACCGUCUACGUAUAGUAGUGGACAGCGAGAGAGAAGCAGAUUUGAUGGUGCACUCGCGACACAUUCGGGAUGUUAUUGUUCUUGUGAUUCGAGGACUUGCUCAGCGAUUCAAUAGUACUUCCCUCAAUUCCCUUCUCAAGAUAGAGGCAUAAAUUAUGUUACAUUGUAUAGUCAUCAUAUUGAUAUGGGAAACUGGGUUGUUGAGGCCAGUUUUCUCACAUUUUGCUUGUCCUAAGUGUAAGUAUUGUUAUAUUAAGAGAACAGUUUUUAAUGCCGUGUUCAUUGCUGGCCAUUGCUCGGUAAAUCUGUGUGUGUGGCUUAACGCAAGACCAUUUAAAGGUUUUGCAUUAAGAUUUUCGUGCAUAUUUUAGAUGUCUGAAUGACAUGCAAUUUAAUGAAACACAAGUAGGGUUUACUCUGUUGUAGUUUGCUCGCUAGCGUAUACAGAUUUGUCAGCUGCGUUUGCAUGCAUGACAGUAUUCUA